UCUGGCGCCGCCACUGCUGAUGCGGGGAUACUGAGAACAGAAGGUGAGGGGUUAAGAGCUACCAGGAAGGCCAUUCUUAAGUAUUUGAGUGAAACAGGAUUGAUUGGAAGAAUUUAAAACAACGUAAACACAGUGGUAUAAUUCCACAAGUGGUGAUAGAAUGAUAUGGUGAUACACACUCUUGUACAGUAGGUGGCGGUAUGCACCUUAAAGUUGUUUGCAAUCCGCCAACAACCAAAAGAAGAAGAAGAAACACGCACCGGAAGUAAACAAACCACGCUCCGUUACAGUUGGUUCGCCGCUAUUGAUGAGUGGAGUAAACUAAGAUACGAUGUUAUAGUAGUUUCGUGGGAAAUACUACACUUAUAUUUAGGCAACAAUGUCUUCGGUUGAGUUUUUGAGAGAGUUUGUUAACGAGCGACUCUCUGCUGCUGCUGAAGAAAUAUUUGGAGUUUUUCGGAAAACCAUCGUCGAAUAUGAGGAGGAGAUCAGACGGCAGCGCAGACUGCUGGAUGUCGUUUGGAAACCGGAUAUACAAAUACCAAGGAUAGAGCUCCCACAGCAUCCUGUCUGUGAGGAGCAGGUUCUCUCUGAGGAGCAGCUCUGUAUUCAGGAGAGGAACUCCAGUCUGGACCAAGAGGACCCAGAGCCUCCACAGAUUAAAGAGGAGCAGGAGGAGCUGUGCACCAGUCCGGAGGGAGAGCAGCUUGGACUGGAGCAGGACACUGAUGCCUUCAUGUUGACUGCUACCAAGGAGGAAAGUGAGCACCAGCUCCUCUCUCACAACUCUCAUGUAGCUGAGAGCCAAGAUCAGGAAGGAGGCGAGCAAGACUCAGGAUCAACUGGACAUGCAGAGCCAAAACCACAGAAUGAAUAUCACAGAAAUCCCAGUUAUGAAGGAAACAACAUUAAUUUGUCAGAGAUGCACACAGGUAAACAGCCUUUCAAUUGUGACUCAUGUGGGAAAUAUUUUUCCUCGAUAGCAACACUGAACAGACACCUCAGAAGCCACACAGGUGAGAGGCCAUUUCCUUGCAAUACAUGUGGGAGAGCUUUCGCAAAUAAAAGCCACUUGAAACAGCAUAUUAGAAUUCACACAGGGGAGAAGCCAUUUCUGUGCCAAACGUGUGGGAAACGAUUCUGUCGAACAUCAACAUUUAAAAGGCAUAUUAUGAAAUUCCACAUGGGUGGAAGACGUUUUCUUGCAAAAGAUGUGGGAAAUGUGUCCGAUAUGAUGUAUAAUUGAGAGUCCACAUGAGAAGCUGCACAGGGGAGGAUCCGCAUUCUUGCAUCAUCUCUGGUAAAAAUGCCAUAUUCAGUAGUAACUUGGGAAGCCACACAGAAACACACACAGGGGAAAAGUUGAAUCCCUGCUGCACAGAGCCUCCACUGAUUGAAGAGGAGCAGGAGGAGCUGUGCACCAGCCCGGAGGGAGAGCAGCUUGGACUGGAGCAGGACACUGAUGCCUUCAUGUUGACUGCUACUGAGGAGGAGAGUGAGCACCAGCUCCUCUGUUCCUCCAAACCCUGCAGCCUCCCUAAAAAUGAUGAGUGACAGGCUGAUAGUGACCUGAUAGAAACUUUAUUAUUCACCUAAUCACUGAUUGAGAUAUGAUGAAGCUAACUUAGUCUCAUACAUUCAUGGGAUUUAUGUAACAGUAAGACAGAGAAUAAGUGUGCACCCACAUGCACUAUUUUAGUUUUGAUAUGCUGUUGUAAAUACUCCUGUUGUCUGCUGUGUUCAGACUCAAGUCAUGUGUGUGAUUCAGGACCUUCAGUGUCCUUUUUUAAACAGAAGACCGUUGCUAGAAGCUGCAGCUAGACUGCAGAAGCAUUAGUUUUUUGUUUUUGAGGAUGGAACAAUUUCACACAGAUAUAGGGAGGCUAGACCUAUACAGUUGAUUUAUUAUGGUCUAUAAUUUAAUAUCAAGAUGGCUGAACUGUUCAGUGUCAAUCCUGUGGAGAUGGAGGUUAUAAAUCUCCAAAAUAAUGUUCAGCUCAAGUCUCGGCAAAACUCACAACAUUUCUGGAGCCCAGAAAACUAUAAGAACAUUCACUAAGCAGCACUGAACACGUCUGCUUUAUUUGGCUCUACAGACCUUUGUGAAGCAGCUUUUUCUGACAUGAAUGAGAUCUAAAUACAGAACAAGACUGACUGAUGAACAUUUAAAUGACUCUUAGAGUGAACCUAAGUGGGUACACUCCAGCAUACACCUCUAUGGUGGACUCCAUGUCGUGUCAGUCAAAAAGAGUGAAUGCACUUAUUUUACCCAGAUGCUUGUAAGGUGGUGAUUAAGGCGAUGUAUUUACUAUGUGGGCCAUAAUAAUCCAUGUGCGCCGUACAUAAUGGCAGCCCACUGCUCCUAACAUUAGGAUGGGUCAAAUGCAGAGAAACCGUUUCGUUACGUAGUACCUUUACUACAUAAUGACAAUAAGUUGAAUCUUCUUCAAUAAUAAGAAGUGAAAAAAUUGUCUUUUUUUCUUGGACAUGUUUGUGAAUUCUCAGUGAUGUACUUACUAUGUGGGCCAUAAUAAUAUGUGUGAAAUUGUCGUUUUCUUGGACCGUGAUGUGAAGUUAAGAUUAUGAUAAACUUUAGGUAUUGUAAUUUCACACGUGUACAAAGCUUAAUUCAACUGAUGAGUGCGAUAAUAAAUGUAAGCGAUGUGAUGGAAGUA